AUGAAGUUCUCACUCGCCGGCCUCUCGCUGCUGGCCCUGUUCAGCGAAGCCGUGGCUAGUUAUUCCCCCCCCCAGGCACAGCCAGAUGCACGACUUGUUAUGUAUGUUCAAACAUUCAAGCAACCAGAUGGUAAACCGCUGUCGCUACUUCCAAUGCUUCAACACCAGACUAGAGUCACUCACGUCAUAUUGGCCUCAAUGCACUUGCAUGAAGAUCCUGGGCAAAUCAGGUUGAAUGACGAUCCGUUUGACUCGCCCAACUGGGAUACAAUCUGGAAAGAGGUGAAGAUAUUGCAACAGAAUAAUGUAAAAGUUAUGGCGUUGUUGGGAGGUGCUGCUGGGGGAACCUAUAAGAGGUUGAAUGGGACCGAUGAAGAGUUCUAUUCAUACUACCAUCCUCUCCGCGAUCUCCUCCAAAAGUACGACAUAGACGGGCUCGAUGUGGAUAUCGAAGAACAUGUGGAUGUCAGUGUCCCAUUCCGACUAAUGAAUGCCCUGCGCCGGGAUAUGAAACCGGGAUUCCUCAUUACCAUGACACCACUGGCAUCAGCCUUGAGCGAUGAACUUGGGCAAAACCUGUCAAAAUUCUCAUAUUUCGACCUAGAGGCCUUCGCCACGGUUCCCGGGUCUGACGAGAAGCUGAUUGAUUGGUACAACGGGCUGUUCUACGGAGGCUUCGCCAGAGGGCCCCCUUUCUAUCAGUCGAUUGUGGAUGCCGGGUGGGAUCCCUCGAGAGUCGUUAUGGUUGUUCUUGAUUGUGCGGAGGAUGGACAACGGAAUGGGUUUGUCCGUAUUGAUGCUUUACAGAAAACCAUCAGGAACUUGCGGGCGAUGUAUCCGGGAUUCGGUGGGGUGGGUGGCUGGGAAUAUCAUGAUGCUGGGAUGAGCGACGAGGAUGAUGUUUAUGCUCCAUGGUGGUGGGUGAAGAGGAUUGGAGACGCGCUUUUCGAUCCCAUACCAGCCUCCGUAAGGAACGGGGAAUUAUAA